AAAAGCCGCGCUGAGGAGCGCGGUCUGCAGCGCCCUAGGCCGCGCCCGCCGCCGCUCGCUGCCCGCCACCCGCCGCCGCUCGCUGCCCGCCGCGCCAUGCCGCUCCGGAGCCGUUAGGCCCUGCCCGGCAGCGCUUUCCCCAUUCCCCCGCCCUUCCUUUGCCUCCCCGCCGCUAUGCCGAGCGGCGCCUCCGCCGCGGCCGAGACGACUGCCGAGCCGCCGCGCCUGCCUCCCGCUGCCCACCCCCCACCGCCGCUGCUGCUGCUCCAGCAGCGCCUGGCGGGGCUCGGCCUGCGCGACCACGGCCUGCCCGCCGGGAUGAGGAUGGCCCGGCGGCGGCAGGAGGGCUUGGAUCCGCCGACGGACCCCACCGGAAAGCCGGGGCCUGGCGGGGUGAUGGUGGUAGAAGAGGAGGAGGAGGAGGAGGAAGAGGAGGAGGAGGAAGAAGAGGAGGAGGAGGAGGAAGCGGCGACGGGGGACGAGGGAGACCUGGAGCUGGAGGAGGAGCUGCUGGCGGGGGAGGACGAGGAGGAGGAGGAGGACCCGGCCGCGCUGCUGCUGCUCUCCUCGCCCUCCUCGCCCUCCCAGCCGCUCCCACUGCUGCCGGCGCUGGGCUCCGUCCUGCUCUCGCCCUCCUUCGAUGGGAAGGAGGCGGCGGCGGCGGCAGCGCUGUGCGGCGCGGGCGAUCCUCAGGGCAUGAUGGCGGCGAUGCUGUCCCACGCCUACGGCGGCGGCAGCGGAGGGGCGGCGGGCCUGAGCGGCGAGCAGGCGGCGCUGCUCCGCCGAAAGAGCGUCAACACCACCGAGUGCGUGCCCGUGCCCAGCUCCGAGCACGUCGCCGAGAUCGUUGGCCGUCAGGGCUGCAAAAUCAAAGCACUAAGGGCCAAGACCAAUACUUACAUCAAGACCCCCGUCCGCGGAGAGGAGCCCAUCUUCGUCGUCACGGGGCGCAAGGAGGACGUAGCCAUGGCCAAAAGGGAGAUCCUCUCAGCUGCUGAGCACUUCUCCAUGAUCCGAGCCUCGCGCAACAAGAACGGGGCUGUCCUGGGGGGUUUGCCGUACGCCCCCAACCUGCCGGGGCAGACCACGGUCCAAGUCAGGGUGCCUUACCGCGUCGUGGGGCUGGUGGUGGGGCCGAAAGGAGCCACCAUCAAGAGGAUCCAGCAGCAGACCCAUACCUACAUCGUGACUCCCAGCAGGGACAAGGAGCCCAUCUUCGAGGUGACGGGGAUGCCCGAGAACGUGGACCGGGCGCGCGAGGAGAUCGAGAUGCACAUCGCCAUGCGCACCGGCAGCUACGUGGAGCUCAACGAGGAGAACGACUUCCACUACAACGGCACCGACGUCAGCUUUGAGGCAGGCGCCCUGGGCUCCGCCUGGUUCGCUUCCAACCCCCUCCCUCCCGGCCGCGCCAGGAUGAUCUCCAACUACAGGAACGACAGCUCCAGCUCCCUGGGCAGCGGCUCCACCGACUCCUACUUCGGAAGCAAUAGGUUGGCCGACUUCAGCCCCACCAGUCCCUUUGGCGCGGGCAACUUCUGGUUCGGAGAGUCGCUGCCGGCGGUGGGAGCGGAAGACUUUGGGGUCGACUCUCCCGCCUACGACUCCCUGCCUGCGCCUGCCCAAACCAUCUGGACCCCUUUCGAACCUGUCAACCACCUCUCCGGCUUGGGCAGCGACCCCGCCAGCGGCGCCAAGCCGCAGCGCCGCGGGAGCCACCCCUCCACCCCCCGCGUUUCGCCCAUCUUCCUGGAGAGCCUGGAUCACCCUCUGGCCAGGAGGGCCAGGAGCGACCCGGCCAGCAGCAGCAGCAGCGCUCACCAAGCCGGCCUUCCCAUCUACAUCCCUGCCUUCUCCAACGGUACCAACAGCUACUCCUCUUCCAACGGCGGCUCCACCUCCAGCUCUCCCCCGGAGUCCAGGCGCAAGCACGACUGCGUCAUCUGCUUCGAGAGCGAGGUGAUCGCCGCCCUGGUGCCCUGCGGCCACAACCUCUUCUGCAUGGAGUGUGCCAACAAAAUCUGCCAGAAGGAGGCGCCCUCCUGCCCCGUCUGCCAGACGGCUGUUACUCAGGCGAUCCAGAUCCACUCUUAAGCAGGUAACCGAACCACCUGUCCACAGCUACUCCUUUUGGAACCCCCCGAAGGGCGCCGAGCCACCGCCGCCCCCUCGGAGCCUACCUUCCUCAUCAGCCUUCACCUGGGAUUAGGCCGAAGUCGUCUCAUCGAAGCCGAAAAGGUAAACACUACACAACCACGCGGAGGUCCUCGUCCGGUCCGAUGCGAGCAGCUGAGUGCCUGCGAAGCCACAGCCGAGGGGACAGCUCCCAUCGACGGCAGGAGGGCAACAAACCCCACAGCACACAAACCAACCUCAACGCUGACAGCCUUGCUUCAAGGAGGAUCUCCCAAACAAGCCUCGGGGAAGCCUUUGCCUGCAGGAGAUCCCUCUGGGUUGUUGUGGUUGGGUUUUUGGUUAAGGUUUUUUUUGGGGGGGG